UUAAAUCCAGCUUUCAGUUUCAGUUAUGACAUUGUUGUUUCAAUUAAUAAAACUAGAUUUGAGAGGAAGUCCAUUCCUCCAGCCUGAAGUAAAGAAGAAGAAUUUGGAUGCUGAAAGAAUGUCAGAUAAAGGAAUAACAGAUCUUAGGUUUAAGACCUGGGACGUGACUACUUCCAAAUCACAAGUAGCUGCUUCAACAUCUGCUGAUGCCAACCCUCAUUUUAUAUCUACUAUUAAACCUUACACCAACAGAUAUCCUUAUUUGUAUCUUCCAAUGGAUUUUGUAAAAUCAAAUGGCUUGUCGAAUAGACAUGAGUUGAUUCUCGUGGAUGAAAGAAGGAGAUUGUGGUCAGUGUGGCUAGGGAAAAUUGACAAUUAUCACUUUGGGAUUAAAAAGGGAUGGCGACAGUUCAUAGAAGCAAAUGGUGUUCAAGUAGGAGAUACUUACAUGUUUGAACUCACCAACAAUGGCAGUGGCAGAAUACCUAUAGUGCAUUUCCAUUGUAAAUACACUGGCAAGGAUGCCAAGCAUCACAGAAGCUAUUGACAAGAUAAUAUGAAGCAGUUGGUGAUGGGAAAGGAAACUAGCACUAAAGUGGAUGUAAUGUUUUUGGAUCUAGUACAUUUUGCUAAACCUCAAAAUGGCUACUUUGAUCAGCUGUAUGAUAUGUCCUACUUCUUUUUUGAAGUAUCCUUUCAUGCAUGAUUAGUAAUUAAAUUAUGGUUGCCUUUUAUAUUCUUGUCCAUUGUAAUCAAACCAGGGAAAAAUGAGGAGAAGUAGAGUUCCUGUGGGCCCACAUGGUUUUGGUCUAGUGAUAAGAACGCAACAAUGGUUAGACGCACAUCACAAGUUUGAACCAUGCCUCAAAAAAGGUUUUGUAUAUAAGUGGAUAAGUGUGGAGGGGAAAAGUUUUAU